AUGCGUGUGAUGCGAAACUUUGUCGCUUGCCUGGGUGGUGCCCGUCGCUUCCUAGGUGAAUUCGUUGGUUACUGUGAUGUCAGCUGUGAGAAGGGACAUCACGUGGACGGUAAUGUUUGGUAUGCCGACCACUACCUUUAUCCAAACCAUUGGCAACCCGGAUCUAAGGUUCAGCCGCAACUUGUAGACGAUGGUCAGGUGCGCUCUUGGUUUGAUUUGUGGGCCAUGGCUGUUGCCAUUCGUACGUGCAUCUUGAUAUUGAUGGUACUAUUGCUUCUGUUGUUCAUAUAA